AUGAGGUGGGUGGAGGAGGGAAUCAUGGAGAAGAAGAGGUAUAGGAACGGUAGAAUUUGGAAUUUUGAGAUGGCGAGGGAGGCGGACGGAGGAGGCGGCGGCGGCGAGGUUAUCCUUGGCCUCGACGGCGGCACCACCACCACCGUGUGCGUGUGCAUCCCCGCCGCCGCGCCCUUAUCGGGUCGCGCUGGCGAGCCCCUCCCUAUCCUCGCACGAGCCGUAGCCGGUUGUUCGAAUCACAACUCCGUUGGAGAAACCAGGGCGAGAGAGACACUCGAGAAGGUUAUGGCUCAAGCGCUUUUACAGGCCGGCUCUAAUCGCUCUGCGGUAUCCGCUGUUUGCUUAGCUGUAGCCGGUGUGGAUCAUCCGAUCGAUCAACAAAGGCUAUUGAAUUGGCUCAGAGAAAUUUUCCCGAGCCACGUCAAGUUAUUCGUACAGAACGAUGCUGUCGCGGCUUUGGCCAGCGGAACCAUGGGCAAGCUCCAUGGUUGUGUGCUAAUUGCGGGGACGGGUACUAUCGCUUACGGGUUCACUGAUGAUGGAAGAGAAGCCCGAGCCGCAGGAGCUGGUCCAAUCUUGGGUGACUGGGGAAGUGGAUACGGAAUUGCCGCACAAGCGUUAACAGCCGUAGUUAAAGCUCACGACGGGCGUGGCCCUCAAACGUUGCUUACGCAUAACAUGCUUGAAAUUCUGAGUCUCUCUUCGCCAGAUGAACUAAUCGGGUGGACAUACGAAGAUCCUUCCUGGGCCCGCAUUGCUGAUCUUCUACCAGUAGUGAUAUCCUCUGCUGAAGCUGGCGACGAAGUUGCAAAUAACAUUCUACAUAAUUCGGUCGCAGAGUUGGCCGAUAGCGUCAAAGCUGUUGUCAGAAGACUUGGUUUGAGUGGUGAAGACGGAAAAGAUCCAUUCCCGCUUGUCAUGGUGGGGAGAGUUCUUGAAGCGAACGAGAGUUGGGAUAUCGGCAAGGAAGUGAUAGAUUGUAUCACCAAGAUAUAUCCAGGAGCUCAUCCCAUUCAUCCCAAAGUGGAACCAGCUGUUGGUGCAGCUCUGUUGGCUUGGAAUUUUGUUAUGGAUGAGUUAUACUGCCAAAUUGCAAGUGAUAUUUAGUCCAUAGUUUCAGCUGGGAAGAUCUCCAGGUUAAUUUUUAGAAGAUUUGUCGCAGUUUGUAUUCCCCCCCUCUAGUGUCUGAUCUUUUUAGAAGGCUGUGUAGUAUCUUGUAUUCUUCAUUAAUUUACUUUAAUAGGGCGUAAAAUUAUGUUCAGUGAAUAUUUAAUGCAAGUGUAAUGAGGGCAGAGUUUGCUUGUUUGCACCUAAAA